AGUCUUUCUGGCUCCUCUUCCCCAACUUCACGAUUGCACCUUGUACCUUCGCUGCUUUGCCCAUUCUUUCGUUAUAUCUCCUAGGUCAUAAUCACGUGCAAUGGCUGUGUUUACGCCUUUGUUAGAAGGUCUCAAUGCUAUCAAGGGCCGCGCGGGCUCGCUAACAUGGGGUCCGUUUGUGCAUCUGGCGCGCUCUGCUGUAUUGUCGAUUCUGCAGCGCAUUGAGAUUGGCCAUCUCGAGAUAACAGAAUCAAAUGGAGUAAAGACUGUCUGUGGCAACCUGCUGGUCAAGCAUGCCUCUCCAACUGUCACUCUUCAGGUCCAUAACGAAAUGUUUUGGAUUCGCGUCUUGCUAUUCGCAGACAUGGGCUUUGCCGAGAGUUACAUGUUGGAAGAAAUCUCAUGUAUAGACCUGACAUCCUUCUUUAAGCUUUUUAUCCUUAAUCGCACACAUCUGUCUAAUGGCUCGACCAUCACUUCGAACAUCAGUGGAUCAAUCAGUGGACUGGUUCGCAAGACAAACACCCUAACAAAUGCUCGACUUCAUAUUUCAGCUCAUUAUGAUAUUAGCAAUGACAUGUUCGCAGCUUUCUUAUCACCAGAUAUGACAUAUUCUUGUCCGAUAUGGCUUCCCAAGUCAUCGCCAUUGUCUGCUACAGAGUCCCUGGAAGAAGCGCAGAUGAGAAAACUGCAUCACUUUAUUGAGUCCGCUCACUUGAAGGAGUCGGACCAUGUGCUAGAGAUCGGCACAGGGUGGGGUAGUCUCGCGAUCGAGGCUGUCAGAGCGACUGGUUGUCGUAUUACCAGUCUUACUCUGAGCAAAGAGCAGAAGGAACUAGCGGAAGAGCGAAUUGCUCAAGCUGGCUUUCAAGACAAGAUCGACGUGCUCUUAUGUGACUAUCGUGAUGUGCAACCUCCAGCCAAAGGGGCAUUUGACAAAGUCGUCAGUAUAGAAAUGCUCGAGGCCGUUGGGAAGGAAUUUCUUGAGACGUACUUCAGCUGUGUCAAUCGGUUGUUGAAGAAAGAAGGUGGCAUUGGUGUCUUCCAAUGCAUAACAAUGCCAGAAACGCGCUACGACGCGUACGCCUCGUCUGACGACUUCAUUCGACGCUAUAUCUUCCCAGGAGGCCAUUUACCAACAGUUUCCCAACUCGUUAAUGCCAUCAACACUGGCUCGAACAAAACCCUGAUCGUAGACGACGUUCUCAACAUUGGGCCCCACUACGCGAAAACACUACGACUGUGGCGAGAAGCAUUUCUGGAUAACUUCGAUGCCGAUAUACGACCGGCUUUACUGCGACAACACGACGGUAUGACAAAACAGGAAAUCGAGACCUUCCGCAGAAAGUGGGAAUACUAUUUUACCUAUUGUGAAGCUGGAUUCUGGACCAAAACGCUUGGAGACGUAAUUAUCACCGUCGGUAGAGAAGGAACUAUGGAGAUGGCUGAAGAUGUGCCCAUGUAAUCAGAAGGUGACGUCUUAGGGCACUUCAAUGCGAUCUCGGGUUGCGUUUAUGGUUGAGUCGAUUAGCGGGCGCUACAUAAUCCUUU